UCAAAUAUGAAUCCUUUAUUUUGAAGAUCCAAACGAACCCACCCACCGAACCAAACCAAACCCACAUAACGCAAAAGCCCCGAUUUCCAAACCACCCAGACUUCACGCACCGCAGCGGCCAUGAUCGCGGAGGGUAAACCCGUUGCUUACGCCCCUCUCCCUCAAAACUACGUCGUUCUCCCCCUUUACCGCCCUCCCGAGCGCCCCCGCCGUCUUCGCCGCAUCCUCCUCUGGUCCGCCGCAGCCGUCCUCCUCUCCGCCUCCGUAUUCCUCCUCUGGCCCUCCGACCCCGAGCUCAAACUCGUCCGCCUCCGCCUUAACCGCGUCCGAGUCAUCUCCUCCCCCAAACUCGCCCUCGAUCUCUCCCUGUCCCUCACCCUCAAGGUCCGCAACAGAGACUUUUUCUCACUGGACUACCAGUCUCUCUCCGUCUCCAUCGGCUACCGCGGGAGGGCCCUAGGGUUUGUGAACUCCGACGGAGGUCGCAUUAGGGCCAGAGGAUCGUCCUAUGUUGACGCCACGCUUGACCUUGACGGCCUAGAGAUUGUUCACGAUGUGUUCUACUUGAUCGAAGAUUUGGCCAAGGGUUCGAUCCCUUUCGAUGCGGACACGGAGGUUCGAGGUGAUCUCGGGGUUUUCUUCUUCAAGAUUCCAUUGCAGGCGAGGGUGUCAUGUGAGGUCUAUGUAAAUGUAAAAAACCAGACUGUUAUGCAUCAAGAUUGCCGUCCUAAGGUAUGUUAAGAUUUUAUUUUUAUUUUUUGGGGGUGCAGGUUGAUCUCUUUGCAAUACUUGAAUCGUUUGUUAUUUGGUUUGUGCAUGUUAUAGUGCCUACAUUAUCAUUUCCAUCUGGAAACCGUAGUUUCUAAAUCUUGACAAACCAAUAGAAGUCCAAUGCACACAUGAGUGGAGCCACAGAGCUAGGUGUAUUUGCCCUCCCUAGAGACAACAAUUUUUUCAUACUAUAUGCAUUUUUUUGUGUAGAUAAAUUGUAUAAGUUUCAUAUUUUCCCCCAUGCGAACUGAUUUUGGUGGGAUAAAAUAUAAAUAAUUAAAAUUAAGUUUCGUGCAUACAUAGUAGAACUAAAAAUUGUAAAGAAGUAUAGUUUCCACUGUUGGACAUUGUAAAAGUUGACUGUUUAAUUGAACAGCACCCUGCUGAUUGAAUGAUUGCUUACAAUAGAGAGAUAUAUGCAGCAAUUUAAUUUAGAAAAUUUAAAAAGAGAUGACUAGAUUGUAAUUUGAACUGGGAAAAAAUCCCAUCGGGUGGUGAUAAUGAUGGCAAUAUUAAAUAGACUAGGAAUUUCAAGGUUGAUUAAUUUAUAUGUUAAGGUGAUAAUAAUUUAAUGAAAAAACAUAUGAUUUGCAUCCUGCCAUUUUAUUUGCAAAAAAUAUUAAAAAAAUAUAUUUUCUGAAAACUUAAACUUAAAUUUCACAAGAAUGGGGACAUUAGAAUUCUGAUCCCCAAACGGGAUGGCUGGAUGGGUUCUCAUUUUUCCUUGGUGGGAUGGAAAUGGAGAGAGAAGUAAAAAACUAAGCCUACUUUAUCCCAUUUGCAAUCCCAAGUGUUCACAUUUUUCCUUGGUGGGAUGGAAAUGGAGAGAAGUUAAAAAAACUAAGCCUACUUUAUCCCAUUGACAAUCCUAAGUAGUAUUGAAAAAUGAAUUUUGGAACGAUUCUAUAAUGUAAAUACCAUCAAGGUACAAGAGAUUGUCUCCACCAGUUAAAAUGUCUUGGCUCCACUAUUGAUUACACAUUUUUAUCAGCUCGUAUGUUUAUAUGGGGUAUGCCCAUUUUUCCCCUAGUCAGUGCAUAUUAAAAUUUUACAUUUAUUUGUAGAGCCUAGUUUAAGAGUACAGAAAGUCACCAACUUUAGAAUGCAAAAUGGGAAUGUGAUCUCAACCGUAAUACAGAUGCCUAUCCUUGUGGCAGUUGAUGGUUUUUACAAGAUCUUUGGGCAUAAAGUGAUGUAAUUGGAUUGUGAAUGAGUGGCCUCAAGCACCAGCAUUUUCUUUGCUAACAAUGGAACCUGUUUUUGAUUAUUGUUGCAGUGAUUGUAAUGGAUAUGAUCCACUCCGGGCUCGAUGACUUGGAAUCACGAAGCGUGGUGCUGCGUGUUGUGAAGUCUUUGCGGUGAAUAUGGUUUGAUUUUUCAGCCCAUCCAUGUCUAUGCGUAUGAUUGUGUACAUGUUAUGAUAAAUAAUAUAUAGAAUGUGGAUUGUGAGUUGCUAACAUGGUGUGCUUCAUUAGAGCUUGAUGCUGACUAUGAUUUGUUAAACUAAAAGCACCACCAAUGCUUGUGUACCUCUGUCUGUCACAAUUCACAAUUGUAUACUCUCUUUCUUCAGUUCAAUGCCUUCUGAGGACUGCUGCUUCUUUC